AACGGUGUCGUAAGCUCGAGACAUUAACGCUCCACUACAACGACGACACAGCUGAUAAACAUGGAGAAAACACUCAAGAUUAUUUGACGAAGGAAAUCCAAAAAUGGAACUUACUUGCCAGAAAAUGAAGCGACAUCCCAUCGACGAACAUCAGUCACCGACAAAUACGCGAAAUCUGUUUUUUGACGAGGAAUACCAGAAUACGUGAGGAUAUUGUUGUCGGCCCAAUAAGUGAAGAAAUGGCCGCGGUUGUUGGUUCCGAGCGGGCUGCGAUGGAGAAGUUCGGUAGCGGGGGUGCGGCGCUGCUGCCGUGGACUAAACAGAUGCUCACCGUGCUGUGGGAACAGCUCCGACUGCUCCUUCAGGUCAUCUACUACACCUUCGUGUCGGUUUUCCAGAUGUUCAGGUUUGAGGUUCACGUGAGAAUCACAGAUGAGACGGGCCAGCGCAUCCAGCACAUGACCACGGCGGCAAACCAGACCGACUCCUUCCUCUUCUCCUCGCUGUUCGACGGAGACAGCGGCGUGAUGGUCGGCGGUGCCAACCCCCUCUCUAACUUCUGCACCGAGGUGGGCGACCCCUUCGCCGGGAAGUCCAGCGCUGAGGCCCUGCUGUCCACCCUGCGCGCCGACGACCUGUGCUGCGGCAUGGUGGACGUCUCCGGCAGUGAGGACGCAGUCUUCCUGGGACGCCAGCCCGGCUGGAAGAUGGGCUUCCCAGGCGACUGGAACAUCUUCGUGUCGAGUGGCGACAGCUCCGGGUCCAACGACGGCUGCCGCAAAACCGGCGAGAGAGCGUUCAGCCAGGACGCCUCCGAAGAGGAGAGAAGCUGCCAUUGGAGCAGCGAAGACGACCAGAACGUGAUGGAGUUCGACAGCGAGGAGAGCAAAGCGCUCUGGGAGUCGCUGUCCAAGUCCAGCGAUCCGUACAACCCCUUCUUUUUCUCCGCGUGCCUUUCGACCAACGAGCACGUGGGGAGAAAUAAAGGAAAGGCGGCGCGGGGAGACCCCAACCUCGUGUCGUCGGGCGAGGAGACGCUGGGGCCGCGAGGCCUCAGCGUCUGGGUCAGCCGCAGCGACAGCGAGAGCAGCUGGAGCAGCUGGGCCAGCUCCGAGGGUUCCAGCCCCGACAUGGACGAGGAGAGCGAGAGGCUCUUGGAGUUCUUCAGCAACCCCGACGACCCCUACAAUCCCAUGUGCUUCACCGCGUGCACGUUCAACAGCACCCCGCCACAAACCACCGCCACCUCCGUCACCACAGUCCCCCAACCACGGCCCUCGCUGCCCUCCAAGUCGGACACAGAGGAGAAGGAGGGCAUCUUUCCCCCUUCGUCCGACGAGGAAGAGGAGGCCCUGUGGGAAGGUCUCGGCCAAAAGAACGACCCGUAUCACCCCCUCAACUUCCGGGCUCGCCUGCAGAGCUCCUCGGCGUCCGUUGUGCCACUCGGAGACGAGCUAGAAUCAGUUGAUGUCCACCAAGCGCCAGAUCCACACAGCGAGGAGUCCCAGAAAGCCAGAGCCGCCAAGCCCGCGCUGACGGCGAGGAAGUUGAAGCGCCACGCCCAUCCAGAGAAAAGCGUGGUGCCCUGGAAGAGGGUGGAACGAACAAAGCAGACGCCGCCGCCGGAGAAGAGGAGAGGCCAGAGUGGCGGCACCCGAAAAAAGGUACAUUUUUCUCCCGAAGUCCAAGUCCACGUCAUGCGGACCUGGCCGUUCGCUCGCCAGGCGUCUCGCAAAGGACACUGGGAGGAAAUGGCGCGCGACCGGGACCGCUUCCGGAGACGGGUCUGGGAGGCGGAGCAGACCAUCGGCCGCUGCCUGUCCCCCGACCACCGGGACGGGAUGCGCGCCUACCUGGACGCUGCCUCGAGAUGAUCACAAAAAACACUGAAUGUUUCAUUUCCUCUCCCGGAUGAGAACUCACGAUUGGUUGCCAUGCGACGGUGGUUUUGAUUUUAGGCCAAUUAGGAACUUUGAUGUUAGGCCAACUUUGAUGUUCGGUGUCAAGUUGAACAACCUUGUACCUCAGAAGGUUUUAUACAUUUUGUGACUGUUGCACUGACUGACACUUUCUUAUAUUAACAUGUGGAAUGUUGUUUUGUAUGCCUUAUACACUGACCUAGUAAUGUAACUUAUUUAUGCCCUAUGGAGCUUGUAGUUCAUUUUUUACCGUUGGUUUAAAUGUUUGUUUUUAUGUGUGAAAAAACACAGUGAUGACUCUAGAAGUAGCUGUUGAUGAUGAUGAAGAUGAAGACAACAUGGUGAGAAAGCUGAGUGUUUUGUUGGUAUGAAGCUGUUUUCCUUCUCGUCCUAUUGAUCAAGCGCUUGAUCUUUUGAGUUUUGUCUCGUUUUCUUAUUUGAUGGAACAUAAAGCCUUGUGGAGAUGGAAGUUAUUCUGUUGACCGGAGAGAUUCAAACACUUUGUGACUCUCAGCUUCUCGUGGUAACAUCAUUCGGGCAGAAAGUCACUCAUAGCAAAUCUGUCCGUUUGUCCUUCAUCUACUCAAUAAAAUGUGUUCCUCUGUU